AUGUCAGGAUUAAAGUAUAUUGAUAACGCAAGGAAAAUAUUAUGUAUUGGACGGAAUUAUGCGGCCCAUAUUAAAGAAUUGAAUAGUGCUAAACCUCAACAACCAUUUUUCUUCUUGAAGCCAUCUUCAUCAAUCUUGAAACCAAAUAGUGGACCUUUCUUAGUUCCAAAAGGCACAAUUGUGCACCAUGAAGUUGAAUUGGGUAUAAUUUUGAAUAAAACAUUGUCUAAUUUGCCUGAAAGCUUUUCUCGUGAAGAAGCAUUGGACUGUAUCGACGGUUACGCAUUAACCAUUGAUAUGACAGCUAGAAAUGUUCAAGAUGAAGCUAAGGGUAAGGGUUUACCAUGGACAAUUGGAAAGGGUUUUGACACUUUUUUGCCAUUGUCACAAUUUAUCCCUAAAUCACAAAUCCCUGAUCCAUACGAUGUUGAAUUGAGCUUAAGCAUCAAUGGACAAAUCAAACAAAAAGACAAAACCGAUCUCAUGAUUUUCCCAAUUCAUAAAAUAUUGUCUCAUAUGUCAGCAAUCAUGACGUUAGAAAAGGGUGAUCUUAUCUUAACUGGUACUCCAAAAGGGGUUGGUCCAGUUGUUCCUGGGGAUAAAAUCAAGGCUACAAUUACGGCGGGUGGUAACGUUUUAAACGAUGCAACCAUUGAAAUCGAUGCCGAACAAAAACCAGGGCCAUAUGAAUUUAAAGAAACCUAG